GGCAAAUUCAACCGCGCAAAACUCAUCAAACAAACAAAACCUAAAAAUCUUCUGCUUAAAAUGCUUUUCCUCAUGAAUUUUGUCCAAACGCGACACAAAAUAGAAACAAAAAAAAAUAAGUACUACAUAAAAAUAUCAGCCACCAUUCUUCUCCUUCACUCACUCUUGAGAGAGGAAGCAAUAAAUUUAUUCAUUACUCAAUCCUUGUAGUCUUGCAUAGUACACUCCGUCGCUCUCGUGCUGGUGGGGUUCGGCGCAAUGUCGCCAUGAGAAAGGCCCGAAACCCCUCCUCCUCCUCCUCCACCACCACCACAGCUGGCGGCGGCGGCGGCGGGGCUGCGGCGGGGAUGCGGGUGAUAGUGCCCUUACAAGGGGUGGUGCAGGGGAGCGGCGGCCUUGUCCUGGGCUCGGUCAUCCCCUGCGCCCUCUUCUACUUUCUCCAGCUCUAUCUCAAGGGCCGCGGCCGGGGAGGCGGCCGCGCUCCGCCGCCGGAGGUUGAAGCUCCUUCGCCGCCGUCUGGGCUGCAGAGGGUGCAUUCGAGGGCGCUGCUUUCUCCCCGGGCGCCUGGCGGGCCCGCUGCCGUUUCGUCGAGAGCUAAUGCCAUUGUUAGACAGCGCGAGGGGCCCUACUAUGAGGGGCUGAAGCGGGCGGAGGAAGACAUUUUUGACGAGGUCGAGAAUCCCAAUGGUGUAAUUCAGCUUUGCUCGACUGAAAACAGGCUGUUGUGGGACAUAGUUCAAGACUGGCUUACAGAUCAUACGACACGAUUGAUAACUGGUGAGGAACUGAGCAUAACUGGGAUCACCUCGUACCAACCAUUUGAUGGUUUAAAGGAGCUGAAAACAGCUGUGGCAGGGUUCAUGUGUCAAGUUGUGGGCAGACCGCUGUUUUCUAACCCGGCACAGCUAGUACUCACAGCCGGUACAGCCCCUGCUGUCGAGAUUCUCGUCUUCUCCCUCGCUGAUCCAGGAAAUGCAUUUCUCGUGCCAUCACCGUACUGUCCAGACCUCGAUGGGGAUAUCAAAUGGCGUACCGGGGUGGAGAUCAUACCAGUUCCUUGCCGCAGUGCUGAUAGCUUCAGCCUAAGUAUCACUGCUCUCGACCGAGCAUUCAACCAAGCCAAGAAACGUGGUCUUCGCGUCCGUGGGAUAAUUCUAUCCAACCCUUCCAAUCCCGUUGGUGUUCUCUAUAGCCGCGAAACACUAUACAGCCUUCUGGACUUUGCUACGGAGAAAGGCAUCCACAUAAUCUCGAACGAGCUAUUAGUCGGAUCCACUCAUGGAAGCGAGGAGUUUGUAAGCAUGGCAGACAUCAUCGACACAGAAGAUCAUGACAGAGACCGAGUCCACAUAGUUUACGGCCUGUCCGAGGAUAUCUCCCUCGUCGGGUUCAGGAUGGGCGUCAUCUACACCUCCAACGAGAACGUUCUCUCCGCAGCCAAGAAGCUAACAAGAUUCUCAUCCGUCUCCAUCCCUACGCAGCGUCUAUUGAUAUCCAUGCUCUCGGAUUCGAAAUUCAUUCAUCAAGCCGUCGGGCUAAGCAGGGACAGGCUUCAAAGGAUGCAUCUUGAGCUCGUGAACGGGUUGAAGCGGCUGGGGGUUGAGUGCAUGAAGAGCUCCGGGGGAUUUUACUGCUGGGCUGAUAUGAGCGGAUUGAUUCGCCCCUACAGCGAGAGAGGAGAAGCCGAUCUGUGGAAUAAGCUGUUGAGCAUCGCCAAGAUCAACACCGUUCCCGGAUCUUCUUGCCUUUGUGUCGAACCGGGGUGGUUUGGCUUGUGUUUUAGCACGUUGAGAGAGAAGGAGAUCCCUUUGGUCGUUCGACGUAUUAAGGAAGUUAUAGAUGCCUGUACAUCUAUUUAAAAGUUCGUGUAUUUAGGCGCAAUUACGCCUUAUAAGUAUAGAUGCAGUGGAGGCUGAAGUCGCCAAAGUUUCUUGAGAUGAUCGCUGUGUAUAGGCUAUCUGCAGCUGAUGAGAAGUGGAGAUGGACAUAGUUGAUUCAUUCUUUUUCUUGUGCAUAAUUCCCUACAAGUUUGGAUUGUAUGUUUCUUUCAUGUGUAGUGUAAUUCUUAUUUGGCUUAUUGUUAAAUUAUAGCUCGAAAUUUAAGCCUGGGAUAAUAUUUUAGUUCGAAUUUAAAAAUAUUAUAAAUAUAGCAUAAACUUUUAUCUUCA